AUGGGAGAAGAUGAAGGAUUUCAUAGUGGUCGAGCAAGACGACUUGUUUUAGGUUCAACACUUAUUCGUGAUGCAUGUGGAUCAAGACUAGAAAUCAAAUUUAAACAAGAUCUACUAUCUGUACAAAUGUAUGAAAGAUAUUAUAGUAAACCAUGUAUUGUAUUGUAUUAUUUUUUAACUAUACUUAAUCUCUUAACAAUUAUCAUUGAAUAUCCACCGAAUAUAUGGAUAAAUGAUAAACCAUUACCAUAUUAUAUACCAUUAAUUAUUAAUUUUAUAUGUGAAGGUUAUUUUUAUUAUCGAUGGUAUAUUAUAUAUGCUAUAUCAGAGAAGAAUACACUGAAAUAUAAUAUCUCUUCAUUAAUGACAAUUACAAUAUUAAUAUUAAUGACAAUUGAUUCAAUUAUUUAUAUAUUAUUGAAUGAAUUGAAUAUUGGUCGUCCUAUUCGAUGGUCAAGAGCACUUAGACCAGUAUUAUUAUUAACAUUUCCAGAGAAUAGAAGAUUACGUGCAGCAUUUUAUAAUUUACGACGUACAUUAAUUGAUGUAUUACCAGUAUUUGGUUUAUUUAUUGCUUGUUUAGUAUUUAUUUCAAUUGUUAUGAUAACUUUAUUAGGAGAUAAAAAGUUGAUACAUACUGAUGGAAGUGUUUAUUUCAAUAAUUUUUAUGAUAUCCUAUGGGAAUUCUAUGUUUUAACAACAACAUCGAAUUCACCUGAUAUAAUUAUUCCAGCUUAUGAAUAUAAUAACUUUUAUAUAUUUAUAUAUAUAUUUAUUUGUACAAUAUGUAAUUGGCUAUUUAUGGGUAUAUUAACAGCUUCUGUUUAUAAUUCAUAUAAAUCACAUUUAGGUGAAUUUGUUGUAAAAACAGUUAUGAAACGUAAAGAAAAAUUGGAUGAAGCUUUUAAUUUAAUAUCAACUAUAACAUUAGAUGGUAGUUUUGGUGUUAGUCAAGGCACAUUUUUACGUUUAAUGCGCAUUGUUAAACCACAACGUAGUAUAGAUUCAAUGAAAGUUAUUUUUCAUGUAUUAGAUAAAAAUAAAUCUGGUUAUUUAGGUAAAAAAGAAUUUGAACGUUUAUCUGAAUAUAUGCAAGCAAAACUUGAAGAGAUUGAAUUAAGUCGUGCAUAUUUUAGUACAUAUAUUUCAAAAUUUUACAAUAUAUAUACAUCAUCUAGAUUUCAAUUAAUGAUCAAUUAUAUUGAACAUAAUAUAACAAAAUUAUUUUUCACUUGUUUAAUUAUUUCCAAUGCUAUAACUGCUGUUCUCUUUCGUUCAUAUCCAAAAUUUCAAGAGAUUAUUGAAGUGAUAUUCUAUUCAUUUGGUAUUUAUUUACCAAAUAGUAUUAUACAAAUCUUUUUAUUAUUACGAUUAUUUCGAUUACUUAAAGUUUUUAGUGUUGUACCACAAUUUCGUAUUGUUAUUAAUUGUGUUCUAACUAUCUUACCAUCUUUAGGCGCUUAUACAACUCUUCUAUUAAUAUUAUUCUAUAUUUGUUCAUGUAUUGCUAUGGAAUUAUUCGGUUUAUUGUAUAUUCCACCAAUUAAUUAUAAUUAUACAAUGAAUACAACGUGUAAUAAUCUUUAUUUAAAGAAUAGUGAAUUUGUUCAAUGGCAUUAUUGUACAUUCAAUUUCAAUAAUGCUUUAGAUUCAUUUCUAUUACUAUUAAUUAUUGUAGUCGGUAAUAAUUGGCAUAUAUUUGUUAAUGGCUUUUCAUUGAUAACAACAAAAUGGUGUCGAGUAUUUUUUAUUAUUAUACAUUGGAUUUGUGUAUUACUUGUUUUAAAUGUUGUAUUAGCCUUUAUAAUUGAAGCUUUUUUAAUUGAAUAUGAUUCACAUCAAAGUAAAUUUGAAUUAUAUAUCAAUGAAAGAUUGAAUGAUUUAGAAAUGAAUGCUGAAACUGAAUUGAAAAAGCGUGGAUUAGAGAAUUUUCGUAAACCUGGAUUUAUUAUGUCAAAAAAGAUACUAGAUGAAGCAUUUUUAAAUGAUAGAAGUACAAAUAAAGUGUUUUAUUUAAAAACAGAUACUACAUCCAUUGAAAUAUUAAUGUUUAGAAUGUUUGAAAAGAAAUUGAUGAAUUAG